CGAAUAUGAAUUUCCAACCAGUCUCUAUUAGAUUUGUUUUUGUUUUUCUUUAUUCUAAGGUUUCUUCAACUUAAUUUUUUAAAAAAUGGCCUUAAUUAACAUAGAAGAUGAUUUUGAUUCGUGGUUAUCUGAUUUCUCAGCAUUAGAGCGACUAGCUACACAGAUUACAACGCAAAUAACCGAACGAGAUUCACAAAAUACUGUUACAGAGUACAAUAAAAUAUCUACACGCUUGAAAAUACAAAUUAGACAGUUCGAGAAUGAAUAUAAACAGCUUGAGAGAAAACUUCAAGUGCUUGGAAGGCAAGGAAAAGUUACAUCCGAUGAAUUAGAGCGUAGAACUCGUCAAUUAGAACAAAUAGCAUCGAAAAAGGUCCAAAUUGAUUCAAGAUUCCGAAAUGCAUCAGCUUCUUCUUCACGCAAUCAGUUAUUCCAAACAGCUGCAAGAAAUAACAUUUCUGAUGAUGAUCCAAUUCUAAAUCCAGAAGUUCCAGUUGAAGUUUUCAGACAGGAACAGCAACAAAUCAUUAGACAGCAAGAUGAUUCUCUAGAAUCACUGUCUAAAGUUAUAUCUCGCCAAAAGAAUAUAGCCAUAAGAAUUGGGAAUGAAGUUGAUACACAGAAUGACAUUAUCGACAAUAUUGCUGAUCAAAUGGAUACGAUGCACAGUCGAGUGAGCAGCACGACUCAAAAUGUUGAGAAUGUUGCUGAUAAAGAUUCUACUUUUGGCUAUUGGAUGGUAAUAAUCAUCCUAUUAGUUGCAAUAAUUAUAAUUGGAAUUCUCUAGUUCCACUGCUGUUCUGCUUAAGAAGCUUAAUGUGACUGUAUACCUAAAAAAUAAUAAUUAUAUCGAUAUAUAUCCAAUAAAGUAAAACAUUAAAUUGAUGUCAUUUAUUUAA